AUGGACAUCAGAGAUCUCCUCGUGCGGCAUGAGAAACUCGUCCACCUGAAUGACGCCAGCAGCAAGGAGAAUAAUGCUCGUCCCAGACCGUCCUCGUCAAGUGCGAGCUCGCACAAGCCUUCGUUGUCUGACGGCCAUGUCGAGGCCGAUACCAUGAAUAUGCAUCGCACGACUCUGCCCCCCGUUGGUCCGCCGCCGCCACAGCAAAUGUACCAUCCCCAGCCGCCUAUGCCGAAUAAUGUCCAGCCGAUGCAGCAGUCGAUGCAGCAGGAUCACGCCAUGAAAUCAAGGAUGGCUGCCUGUAACCUUGACGUCUUGUCUGAUGCGGCGCUGGCCAGCGAGGUCAACUCGAUGGCGCCGAUGAUGAGUAGCAUUCCACAACAGCCAACGAGCCACGCGCGAGGUAAAAGCUUCGGCCAAGUCAUGCCUCAGUUUGGCGAACGCCAACCGCAGGAUCAAACACAUUCCAUGCCGUCUUUUGCUCAGCCGCCAGCGCCCCAACCCGCAUAUGACGACUACAAUGUCUUUUUGGACGACUUUUCCUUUGCCGCGCCGCAUUUUCUGCCACCGCACUUUGAGCCGGACCAACCUAUGAAUAUGUGGACUCGCUCACCAGCAACUAUGAACCAGAGAAUGGCCUCGAAGCCCGUGUCAGCGAUGCCUUCACGUAUUGGCUCCUUGGGUCCUGACACCCGCGAUGCUACCGAGUUUGCUGGAGAUACCUCACGUCCCUCUCCACUGCGCAUAUCCAAUGCAGAUUAUGCAGUUAUCAAGAAGAAGAUUGAUGAAUUCUCGUCUGUGUUGCCAAGCGAUUUUGCUUUCCCCUCACGACAUACUCUUACGCGAUUCGUCGAAGGCUACAUCAGCGGUUUUCAUGAUCUACUUCCUGUUUUACAUCUCCCUACGCUUUCGCCCGCGGUCAUCGCGCCGGAGCUGCUUCUUGCAAUCCUUGCUGUCGGAGCACAGUAUCGGUUCGAGAGCAACCGGGGAUACGCACUUUGGUAUGCCGCAAAAGCGGUAGCCUUGGAGCAAAUCCGAAGAAGACGCAAUUUGGACAUCCAUGCGCCAUUGUCCAAUGCUGCUAUGUACAGCCCGCAUUCGACUCGUCCUUCACCAACUUCCGGUUAUCGAAAUUCUUUUGGUUCAGGACAAUCAGAAAGACCAUCAACCCACGACGGACACCGUGAUUCUGUACGCAGCUCCCUCAAUACCCCUCAAGCGCGAUUAGAGACGAUCCAGGCUCUGCUAUUGCUAUUUGCCGUCGGAUUAUGGGGCAUUAAAACAAUUCUGCACGAAUCCCUUUCGCUUCAGAGCAAUCUGUCGAUCCUGAUAAGAGAGGAAGGUCUGCACAUGAACGCCAGCCAAGCGAGCAUCGCCGACUGGGAAACAUGGAUCCAACGAGAAGGCGCUUUGCGGACAAAACUCAUUGCAUUCUGCUUCUUCAACCUGUGUAGCAUGACAUAUGACAUGCCCCCGGCGCUGCUAACCUCUGAAGUCCAUCUUUUUCUACCGUUGACCGCACGACUAUGGCGUGCCGAGACGGCAUGGCAAUGGCAGGAAUUACGGCAAACGACGCCGUUGGUUGAAAUAACGCUGCAUGAGGCAUUCUCCAAAUUCUUCGGCGCAAACAAUGCAGUCUUGCCAUCAGAGCUCUCGUCACUCGGCCACUAUGUAUUGAUCCACGCCUUGAUUCAGCAUGUAUACCUCCUGAAGCAAACUUCAUUUGCGGCUGGUCUGACAUAUGACAUUCAGCGCACCUUGAGACCGGAGGAUGUCGAGCAAGGAUCCCAGGCGCUUCGAAUGUGGCACACUAGCUUUGAGCAGCGGCACCAACUCCUGGCCGCCGAGAGGGGUCACUACGGAAGCACCGACACGAUGACUGGAGGCUCUCUGGUGUAUAAUGCGACGGCACUGCUGCGACUGGCAUACAUUCGACUUUACACUGACACACCCCCUAGUAGGGCGUUGCAGACGCGAGAUUCGAUGUUGAUUGCGUCGGCAAUGCACAGCACACCCGGGCUGCCACGCAACCUCCGUGUUCAACGAGCUGUGUUCCAAGCCACGCACGCCCUGUCCAUGCUGGUCAAAGUAGGCGUCAACUACGUCGCCAAGGCCAAGUCAACAGAGUGGAGCAUCCAGCAUUCUCUUUGCAACUUUGAGUGCGCCAUCCUGGUGGCCAAAUGGCUCAUGAGCUUGGCAUGCAUAGGGCCCCAGGACGCGCCGGCCUCGGAAGAGGAGAUGAGUCUGCUCGAGACGGUGCGGCGGAUGGUGGACGAGACGGAGUUUGCGAUAUCGCAGCGAGAGUCCAAUGUCAGCGACGCCAUCAAGUUGCGGCAGCUUGCGAGUGCCGUGGUGCGCCUGUGGUCGGAAACGUUUAAAGGCACGCAUAUAUUUGACAUGGUCAAGACGAUGGGCGACAGUCUGGAUGGCUACGCCAACCUAGUGGAAAAGUCCUAG